AUGGUUCCGAUUAAUAUAUGGCAAUAUCGUGCGCCUGCUACUCCUACGCCAUCUACUAGCUGGCUGCCAUUGCACACAAACACCCUCAAUCAAUCCUCCCCUCGAUCAAUCUGUGAGAAGGAGUUCAAGGUUGCAACCUGCACCUUCUACCCCUCCGCCAACCAGCAGGCAACGGUUACCAUCAACCCUGAUAUCUGGGGUAGCGGCUUCCCCUGCACGAAGGACGAAUGA